AUGCCUCCCAGAUCCGUUCUCAUAACAGGCUGCAGCGAGGGCGGGAUCGGCGCGGCCCUAGCCGCAGAGUUCCAAGCCCAGGGGUGCCAGGUGUUCGCGACGGCCCGCACCACGGAUAAGAUGCACGCGCUUGCCAAACUGGGCAUCCAGACCCUAGAACUCGACGUCACCUCCGACGCCUCCAUCGCCGCCGCCGUCUCCGCCGUGCAAGAAGCUACGGACGGCUCCCUCGAUUUCUUAAUUAAUAACGCGGGCGUCAACCACGUCAUGCCCUUCACAGACUCCAAAGUCGCGGACCUUAGACGCGUUAUCGAUACUAACGUCGUUGCUGUGUUGGCUGUUACCCACGCUUUCCUGCCCCUGCUUAUUAAGGCGAAAGGCACGGUUGCGACGGUCGGGAGUAUCAACGAGGUCUUUAAUCCCCCGUUCCAGGUCGCGUAUAACGCCUCCAAAGCCGCUGUCCACGCCAUCGCGCGCACGCUGCGCGUGGAGCUCGCGCCGUUGGGGGUCAGGUUCGUUACCCUGGUUACGGGCGGCGUUAGCACUCGGUUGUUUGAGAAUUCGCCGACGCAGUUGCCUGAGGGGAGCGUUUAUGAGCCGGUGAGGCGGACGUUGGAGGGGAGGGAGUUUUUAAGCGGGGCGAGGUUUGUGGAGGCGGAUGUUUAUGCGCGAGAGGUUGUGGGGGAUUUGCUUAGGGCGAGGCCGAGGCUGGAUGUUUGGCGCGGCGGGAUGGUUACUGUUGCGUGGAUACUGUCGUGGUUUGGCUGGGAGGGGAUGUUGGAUUCGAGCAUGGUUAAGGGGUUCCAUCUUGAUCAAGUGGGACGGUGA